AUGUCCAAGAGCCUUCAGCAGCACUUCAUUGAAAUCGGCACCGCCGUGGCCGAGCUCGGCGCCAAGGUGACCGCGUUCAGCAAGCACCCGACCCUCAAGCCCGCGCUCGACAUUAUCACCGGCGGGCCCGUCCACAUGCCGGCCGACGCGCCUGAGUGGGCCCAGCAGGCGGGCAUGGGCGUCAACCACCUUCUCCGCGAGGUGGCCGAGCUCCGCGCCGAACUCCGCGCCGCGCAGCUCCAGAACGAGUACAUCAACGCGUGCUGCAUCGCCCGCGCCCUCAACUCGCGCUCUCGCGGCGCCAUGGAGGACGAGCUCGAGCCCCUCCCCACCCUUCCCGUCAUGACUGCCGCGCCCGCGCCCCUCCCCGCCCUCGGCGACGCGCCGGCGUCCUUCCCCGCCACCGUGGGCGCGCUGCGCGACCUCGAGGGCUCGGCCGAGCUCGACGCCCUCCUCGUGGCGUACGGCCUCGAGGCCGGCGGUACCGCCAAGGAGCGCCGCGACCGCUUUGCGAAGCACAUUGGCUGUGUUCUCUGA